AUGUUGGCAAAAUGGCCCGGUUACACGCUGACGGGUGGUAACCCUAUGUGUCCGGUGCUGCGCGUGUGGAACACGAGUAACGUCAUGUCGCUGAACGUGAACUAUCGCCUGCCGGUGACGGAGAGCAGCCUCGACUGCACCACCGUGCCCGAGCUUGGCAAGGCCGUCACCUGCCCCGCCAUUUCCAUCCAUCCGUCCUACGGCGUGCAGAUUGGCAAGAGAGCACCACUAACUGGGCAUAGGAGUGGCAAAGGUGGGCAAGGGAGUGGCAGAGCUAGGCAAGGAGUGGCAGAGCUGGGCAAGGGAGUGGCAGAGCUGGGCAAGGGAGUGGCAGAGCUGGGCAAGGAGUGGCAGAGCUGGGCAAGGGAGUGGCAGAGGUGGGCAAGGAGUGGCAUGCCCCGCGACGCAGUCUUGAUCCAUCGAUCAUAUGGCAUGCAGAUUGACAAGGCAAGCAUAGAAGCGAGAUGCCUCUCACACGUGCUUCCCUUCUCCACCCUCUCCCAUCUCGCCUGCCAGCCCGUCUCCUCCAUAGGGCACCGUCUUUGGCCCAGUUUACGUGCUCCUCAUCUUUCCACGUGCCUCCACUCUCAUCCCCAUUCCCUCUCCUUCUCUUCCCCUCACAGCACCGUUUUUGGCCCAGUGGGCGUGCAACUGAGCAUGGCCAUGCCGCGUGCGGGUAGACUCACUAACGCUCACUGGAGUGGUUUCUCUCUAUUUUUCUCAUCCCACACGUCGUCUCAAGCUCCCGCGUGCCUCCAAGCUACCCCCUAUCCCGUCUACCUCUCUCCCCCCCAGGGCAACAUCUUUGGGCAAGUGGACGUGCUACGCAGCAUGGACGUGCGCCUGGACUCACUCUUGGUCACCGGAUUGGCUUCCUUUAUCAAGUCGCCUAGGGUGAUCCGAGUGGCCCUGUGUGGGUACAGGCCGGGACUUCUCAAAGCCAACAUUGUCAUCUCCAACAAUGAGGUGUACGAGGUGAACACCCCCGUUGUGCUGCACAGGGGAGCAGAAGGCAUAGCAGUCUCCAGCAUCUACAUCCAUGACCAUUGGGUGAACACUCCGAUCCUCUUGCACAGGGGAGCAGUUGAUGUAACCGUCAGGAAAAACUACGUGCACGACUUCAUAUUCGCUGGAAUCAAGUGCGGUGCCAACGUGCAUUACAGCUUUGCGUGCAUGCUCAGUCGCUUCAACUCCAACCUUGUGGUUUUCUCUGGGAGGAACCUGAACGGGGAUCACGACUCGGAUGGGAUCGACUUCUACAUGCACUGGUUUGGUCCGGGGAACUCGGCGCUGUGCAACUACGUGUUCAACAGCGAUCACUGCUACUAUCUGGACCAUUGCUCGUCGGGCGUGCUUGUCAGAGGAGGCGCGUGCGUGAAUACGUAUGACGGUAUGAAAGUGAACAACGACAAGCGCAGCUCCCAUUGCACAACAACUCUCGAUGCCAUGCUGCCCUGUACAGCCGUCCACCCAUUCCUCCCUCAUGUUGACUGCAGAAACGUGAUCGAGAACGUGGCGAUGAAAGGCACGCGGGGGUCGCUAGGAUGGACGUCGUGCUUCACAGUGACCGUCAACAACUGCCUCAAAGACCCCGGCAACUACUGGGAGGCCAUGCGCGUGAAAUACUACAACAGCGCCCGCAUCAACCGGCUGAGUGGGAGCAGAGCACGAACUAAUGUAUUCUUUUCCUUGCCUCCCCCUUCGUCUCCCUUCUCUCCUCUCCUCUCUCCCCUCCCUCUCUCCCAUCUCUCCCAUCUCCUCUCUCUUUUCCCCCCCUCGUUAUUGUCACAUCCAGCUAUGGCCUUAGAUGAAGGACGUCUGCAAGGAAACAUUGGCCAAUGGCGGCGUGUCAUGUAA